UCGACAAACACACCCACACCCUCCCCUUUUCCUGCUCUGUCUCGUCUCCCACACGCCACCGGCUCUCAAUCUCCGUCGCGACCUCCUUUCCUCCCGGCGACGACAGGGCGAGUGGCACCGCGCCGCCCUUUGCCCGUUUCUCCGGAGACCGAAAGGGGAGUGAAGCUAAUAUGGCUGCCUUGCCGCUGGCCACUGCUGAAGUAUGUGAUGCUAAUCCUCAUUUGAUUAUGAAUGGUGAGCUUCGUGCUCUCCAUCCCAUCUUCCAAAUCUACGGAAGGCGCCAAGUUUUUGCUGGUCCUAUUGUGACGCUGAAGGUCUAUGAGGACAAUGUUCUGAUCCGUGAGUUCCUUGAGGAGAAAGGCCACGGCAGGGUCCUUGUGGUUGAUGGUGGUGGGAGUUUGCGCUGUGCCAUUCUGGGUGGCAACCCUGUCCAGCAGGCACAGAACAAUGGGUGGGCUGGCAUCGUGGUGAACGGGUGCAUCAGGGAUGUUGAUGAGAUCAACGGCUGCGACAUUGGUGUUCGAGCUCUCAACUCCCACCCGAUGAAGGCAAACAAGAAGGGCAUUGGUGAGAAGCAUGUGCCUGUGACCAUCGCAGGAACUAGGAUUUGCGAUGGCGAAUGGCUCUAUGCCGAUACGGAUGGCAUUCUUGUCUCGAGGACGGAGUUGACCGUGUAGACCCAUUCCCUCUUUGUACGUGUGUAUAAGAAUUGGGCACAUAAAAGCAGGGCUGCUCUUGUCCUUGCCUCUUGGCGUUCUGUCUGAACCUGUAAUAAUGGAUUGUUGUUGGAUCACACAAUUGCCAGGAAUAAUUAUUGGAUGUUACAAAUUGUUGUCGAUCAAUUUUUGGAA